GCGUCUGAUGGUGUUGGCUUCUCGGUUUUCUGGGGCUGAUUUCAAUUCCGCCGUGUAGGUAGUUAUUUUACGAACCAAAAUGGGUCGUCGCAAAGCCCGGAUGUGUCGCUUGUGCCUGUCGACUACCACAGUUCUCCGGUCGAUUUUUACCAUUUUUCGGAACUACAACUUGGUGUUCAUCAUCCGAGACUUUAUCAAACUGCAGGUGAAAGAGGACGAUAAAUUACCCAAGCUGAUUUGCAAAUCCUGCGCGGUCAAACUGAUUCGCGUUCGGGAAACUUUUACGCUGUUCAUUGAGAGUGAUCGGAAGUUGCGGGAGAAGUUGUCGGAUGUUGAUACGGAACUUACGGAUGUGGUGGAUGAGUUGCGCCAGGAUCGAAAGAGGAAGUACACCAAGCGAACGGACUUCGACGUCGAUGAUAACGGUGAUGUCGAUGGCGAUGACUAUAAUAAAAGUGAGGAGUCAAUCAAAAAGGAAGUUACUGACAGGAGUGGCUCCGGCGAACAGACGGUGGAUAAUCAUUCAAUCGAAUUUAGUGAGGUCAAGGAAGAAGUUCGGGUGAGCGACGAGGAAGACGAUCUUCCUCUGAAAACUCUCACGGGUGUCGCAAAUGACUCAAUCUUAUCUGCCGUUGUAAAAUAUGAAGAGAAACCCCCGCUGAUAGAUGAAUGUAAGCAGGAAGAUAAACGAGAUUUGCCAGUAUUGGCGGACAACGGCGAGACUGUCGAUAGGAAGGAUGAUUUUGAUGAUAGUAAUUUUGAUGAUCCGGUUGCUCAAAGUUCUAUACAUUCCGAUGACGAUAGUGAGUACGAAGCACCGAAGAAGAGAACACGUGCUUCAUGUCGGGUGAAGAAGAAGAAGGAAGCGGUGAGCAAAGCGAAACCAAAGAGAACUUACACAAGGCGAAAGCAAACCGUAAAAGUAGAGAUCGAUUCGGAGGUUGAAGACGAAGAAGACGUGGAUGAUGAGGAUGGAGAUAAAACGUUUGAAGUUGGCACAGAACUCAAGCAUGAUCACAAAAACAUUGAGCUGAUUGUUUCCGAAGACGAGGUGAAAGCGAAAAAGAAGAGAGGCAGACAGAAAGGAACAAAAGUGUCGAAAGAUCCUGCAACACCAAGACGCAAGCCGGGUGCUCCUAAAAAGCUGCCGGAAAGAACGGAACCGGUUCCAACGAUGUACGACUUCAAGUGCUACAUUUGCAAUAGCGAUUCGUUGGGUUCCAAGAAAGCCCUGAUCGAACAUUUUGCGACCCAUGUGGACAAAGUUCCGUACACCUGUAAGGAGUGCGUAAUGGAAACGGUCGUCAUAACCAGGGUGAGAGGUUUGAACAGUCACAUGAAGAUGCACGCACAGCCGGUCAAAUGUGACUACUGUGACCGUCGGUACAGCAAUGCCGCCGGCAAAUACUAUCACACCCAGGUUUUUCAUCUGGGCGGUGGAGCACCGUGUUUGGUCAACUGUGAAGUCUGCGGUAAAACAUGCGGCUCGCAGAAUGCUCUCAAGUCGCACAUGAAGUAUCAUACAACCAGUCUGAAGUGCAGCAAGUGCGAUAUGGUGUUCAAUCAUCCGAACAAACGGCGGAACCACGAGAGACUGCACGACGAGAAUAGGGGCUAUGAGUGCGUCGUAUGCAAGAAGGUUCUUCAAACGAUUGAAUCGUACGAUGUGCAUCUCAAAAAGCACAGCCAGGAACGAAGUUAUCUGUGCAAUCUUUGUCAGAAGAAGUUUAAUACUUCCAGCAAUCUGAUUCUUCAUCUGAAGGUCCACGCCAAAAAUGACAACUAUCGACCGGCCAAAUCCUGGAUCGAGCACUACACCAUACUGAGCCGCGAUCCGAUGCACUUCAAGUGCAACCACUGUGACCGCUACAAUACAGACAAGGUCAACAACAUGAUCUCGCAUCUGCAAGCGCACUUCAAGGAGUACGAAUGCGACCAGUGUCACCACAAGUUUGCGACGGCCAAGCAGCUGAGAGCUCACUACACGACGCACACCGGUGACAAGCCGGAAAAGUGCAAAUACUGCGACAAGGUUUUCUCCACCAAAAACAAUCUUCGCAUCCACCUGAAGGCGACCCACCCGGAAUGGAUUCCCCAGAGGCAGCAAACGCCCUCUACUUCAAACACCCCGACCACUAAACCCGUCCCUAAUCAGACGGCGUCGCCUACCAUUGUUACGCUUGCCUCAACGGAUGCCCCACCUCAAGCUUCCACUACUCCCAAUUCCGACAUUUUCGAUGGCUCUCCCGUGAAUAGUAACAGCGGAUUCGGCAUCCAGACACAGCAACAAGUGCAAAUGCAGCUGCCAACGCAACCAGCGAUGACAGGUUUAAACAUUCUGAGAAGCUAGGGUCAUAUUGGGUGACUUCAACGCACACAUCGGCAUUCAGGACAUGACGGAAGAAGACAAACUAUAUAUUGGAAGCAAUCUCUUCCACCAACAGUCAAAUCUCAAUGGCCUGGAACUGAAGAACGUGAUACACGGCUUGUGUUUGAAAAACUACCUCACGUAUUCAAAGUCUCCUUCAGUAAAAGUAACAUGCUUCAAAAGACGAAGCGACUCCCAGAUUGGCCACUUAUUGAUGAGCAUCUUUGCAUUUGUAGUUUUUCCGCGAAUUAA